AAUUUGUCUGACUUCUCCUCAAUUGGAUCCUUCGCGAGCAAUCUCUGGUAUUCAUUCAAUCUAUCCAGCGAUCAACGAUGGGCACUGCCGGCGGCAGCGACGUUGAGGCGGGAUUCGCAAAGCUGCAGGGAGAGGAUUUCGAGUACUACAUGCAGACCUACUCCAUAAUGCUAGGUCGUAACUCCAAGAAGUCCACGGUCGACGUCGAUCUCGCAAGCCUUGGCGGCGGCAUGAACAUAUCCCGCCACCACGCCCGCAUCUACUACGACUUUACCCGUCGCCGAUUCGCCCUCGAGGUCCUCGGGAAGAACGGCUGCCUCGUUGAGGGCGUGCUUCACCUUCCUGGAACCGCUCCGGUCAAGCUCGAUUCUCAGGACCUUCUCCAGAUUGGGGACAAAGAGUUUUACUUUCUUCUCCCCGUUAGGAGCAUACUUGGUGGGCCGCUUGGACCUAGGCACUACGUAUCAAGUCACCAGGCUGGGGCGGUGGUGCCCCAUUACAGUUAUCAUGGCGGUAGUGAUGCGGGAAGGAUGGUUGGUUCAGUGGCACUUCCUGCCGCAGGGACCAAGAAGGGGAGAGCUCAGAGGGAGUAUUAUGAGGAAGAGGGUGGGGAGGAGGACGAUGAUGGCAGUGGUAGCAAAAAGCUAAGAAGGGAAGACUGGUACAGUGGAGCAGGCUCAGGGUCUGGAGGAAAGGGAGGGUUGGCUGGAGCACUGGAAAAGAAAGGAGAGGGAAGAUCACGGGUUGAUCGUGAAUCUGAUACACAGCAACUUAUGCAGCUGGAAGAAAAGGAUGUGGUGUCAUCUGUGGCAACCGUGCUUUCUGAUCUUUGUGGUCCUGGCGAAUGGAUGCCUAUGGAGAAGCUUCAUUCUGAGUUGGCUGAGCAGUUUGGUAACAUUUGGCAUCACAGUCGAGUGAGAAGAUAUCUCACAUCUGAGGACUGGCCUGGUCCUGAAUCCAAGGGGAAACCAUGGUAUGGUUUACUUAUGUUGCUGAGAAAAUACCCAGAACACUUUGUCAUCAACACAAGAUCCAAGGGCAAAGUAACACUGGAGUUUGUCUCUCUUGUUUCUUUGCUUUCAUAAAAUCAUGUUUCUAAAGAAUCACAAGUUGCUUCCAUGGCGUUGGUCAUCUAACACUUUUCCUUUGAGGAGUCAAGAAGUUGCAGUUAGAGAAUGUGAUUGUAAUGUGUCGGUUAGUUGCAUCUCCACAUCGACCUCUGGAGCAGCUUCUAGAAAAUAUGUACAUGUGAAUAGCAUGGAUUUGAAUUAACGUCACUGUUUACAACUUCUCUUGUUCUUCUUAUUUGACGUUAAAUUUUAUGACUGGAACGAGGGUCUCUGUACCUCUGUUGGUAAUUGUUUUCGUCUGUGACGCCAAAUUUAAGCUUUGUU